CGGCUUAGGCCCCACUCAGAUAGCCAUGACUUGGAAUCUGCGGCUACUGCUACUCGCGUACCUCCUACCCUCCUCCCAAGGCUCCUUCGACUCCUGCGACUUUCUGCUUGAAAACGAUCUUCCAUUCACGCUGGCCUGCGAGUCCCAUUACAGCUCCGAGCUGAGGCUGAACUACCGAGACAUUUGGGUCAAGGCCGACGCGCCCUACUGGCUCUGGUGGAGGCAAGAGCCUAGUCUUCAGCUCCUGGUCUCCUUUUACGAGUCCCCCAUAUCCCCCUGCACCAACGUCAGCCUGAGUCUCAACUGCCUCCACUGCUCGGACUCCGAAGAGCCCGGCAUCCACAUCCGACCCGAGGUCAUCCACUGCUUCGACUUCUCGUUCUCAUACGUACGGGAGCUGAUGACGCACUGUGGCCUGACGCCCAAGGCGCAGAUCACCAGCGUCGCCAUCCACUACGCGAGACUUAUUCCAGACCGGGAAAUCCCCUCCCGGGCCGACCGAGCUCGUCCGUGGAUCCCGGGACUCCUGCCCCUGAGGGGAAGUCGAUGGUAAGGUA